AUGCUCUCUUUUGCGUACUUGGGCGCAUUAGUCGCCGUGGUUGCGCCAGUAAUUGCUGCACCCACCAGCAUUCUCAUUCCUCGCGACAUCUCGUCCGACGUGCUGAGUGAGUUGACUCUGUUCGCGGAGUACUCGGCUGCUGCGUACUGUACCAGCAACUUUGGCGGCAGUAACGGCGCCGAUGUGACUUGCUCCGCGGGUAACUGCCCAGAGGUGCAAUCGGCUGGGGCUACUCUUUUGUACGAGUUUGACCUGUCCAACGACUUUGGCGAUACCACUGGCUAUCUCGCUGUGGACAACACCAACCAGCUUAUUGUGCUGGCAUUCCGUGGCUCUUCUGACAUCUCUAACUGGGUCGCAAACCUGGACUAUGACCUGACCGAUGUCGACCUGUGUGAUGGCUGUCAGGCCCACAGCGGAUGGUGGAGCGCGUGGGGAUCUGGCGCGAACGAUAUCACGGCCCAGGUCCAAUCUGCGCAAAGCACUUACCCUGGAUACAAGCUCGUUGUCACUGGCCACAGUCUUGGCGGGGCCAUUGCCGCUCUUGGAGGAAGUGCUCUGCGCAAUGCUGGAUACCAGCUCGACCUGUACACCUAUGGCCAGCCCCGCGUAGGAAACAAGGCACUGGCUGAGUAUUUGACUAACCAGGCUGACUACUGGCGUGUGACCCAUGAGAACGACAUCGUGCCCCGUUUGCCCCCCGAGUCCUUCGGCUUUUCUCACGCCAGCCCUGAAUUCUGGAUCACCAGCGACAACGGUGUCACCCCUACCACCUCCGAUGUCCAGGAGAUCGAGGGCAUUGAUUCCAAUGCUGGAAACACUGGCGAGGCCAUCCCCUCCAUUGACGCCCACAAGUUCUAUAUUAUCGCAAUUUCUGCGUGCUCCUAG